AUGGUCGCCGACGCUCUCAUCUACCACCCAUCAGUGGCUCACUACAACAAGUUUGUUGCCACAACCGUUGGUCGUGACAAGGUCCUCCGCACACUGCAGUACUUUGCCCGCUUCUACGCCUGGUACCUCUUCCGCACCAAUGGCUCAAAGGCCGAGAUCGCACCCUGGGAGGCCAUCAAGAAGCAGUUUGGCCUGACUCGCAAGAUCAUGCGCUUCGGCAAGAAUAUCGAGCAUUUCAAGGCCGCCGCAGUUGCCUCCGACGCGAAGACUACCGACCCCGUCCUUCGAUAUGCCGCAGUCGGUCGACAGCUGGGCUAUGCCGGCUACCUGACUUUUGACGCCGCCACCGUCCUUGACGCUGCCGGCAUCAAGAAGUGGGAGGGCGCCAAGAAGCUGCAGAAGGAAGCCUUCCGCUUCUGGGCCAUCGGUCUCAUCUUCAGUGUCAUCGCCCAGACUUACACUCUCUAUCGUCUUCAACAGCGCGAGGCCAAGGUCGACAAGAAGGAGGGCGAGGGCGUUGUUGAGGCUAAGAGGAUAGCCAUUGAGCGCGCCGCUAGUCGCCUGCAGCUCAUCUCUGACCUCUGCGACUUGACCGUUCCCACCUCUGCCCUUGCCUGGCUCAACUUUGACGACGGCAUUGUUGGCCUUGCCGGUACUGUAAGCAGUUUAAUCGGCGUCUAUACCCAGUGGAAGAAGACGGCAUAA